CACUCGCGCAGCGCUCCGCCUUCCCGCCCGCGGAGCGAGCCGGAACGGCCGCUGGGUACCGGCUGAGGGCUCUGAGCGGCGGCGGUGGCUGCCGUAUCUCUUCAGACACCACUAUGGCUGCUGCGGUGAACAUGGAGCUUGAUCCUAUUUUUCUGAAAGCCCUGGGCUUCUUGCGUUCCAAGAGCAAGGAUUCUGCAGAAAAGCUGAAAGCACUUCUUGAUGAGUCUUUGGCCAGAGGAGCCGAUUCAAGUUAUCGUCCAUCUCAGAAGGAAGUGGAGCAACCAAAAGUAUGCGUUACCAAGCCUGUUUCUAGUAAGCAAGAUCCUAAGGCCUCUUCUAGUUUGCCUUCUGGUAACAACAAUGGCAAGCCUACUGCAUCAGAGAAGGUGAAAAAAGAAACAGAAAAGAGAUCUGCUGAUAAAAUGAAAGGGGAUGCUGCUGAAGGAGCUGAUGUGCCAAAGAAGCCCAGACUCGAGAAGCAAGAGGCUCGUUCCUCUCCUAUUACUGUUCAGACAAGUAAAGAUUUAUCCAUGCCUGAUUUAUCUAGCUUUGAGGAAACCAGUGCUGAUGACUUUGCGAUGGAAAUGGGUUUGGCCUGUGUUGUUUGCAGGCAAAUGACAGUUAUUUCUGGGAAUCAGCUUGUAGAGUGUCAGGAGUGCCAUAAUCUCUACCACCAGGACUGCCAUAAACCUCAGGUGACAGACAAGGAAGUGAAUGAUCCUCGACUUGUAUGGUACUGUGCCCGCUGUACCAGACAGAUGAAGAGAAUGGCUCAAAAGACACAAAAACCACCUCAAAAACCAGCUCCAGCUGUGGUUUCAGUUGAACCAGCUGUGAAGGAUCCAUUGAUCAAGAAAUCUGAAAUUAAAUUGAAACCUGAGACCCAAACAACUUUUCUAGCAUUCAAGAGAACAGAAGUGAAGCCCUCAGCAGCAGUUUCGGGGAACUCAGCCAGUACAAGUGUUUCCUCUUCAGCAACCACCAGUGGCCUUACAGGAUGGGCUGCUUUUGCAGCCAGAAACUCCUCUGCCAAUCCAUCAACUGCCAAACUGGGAUCAACAGCACAGAGCACCGGUGGGAAACCUGCAGCAGCUUCAAAUAACCAGAAACCCGUGGGUCUGUCGGGGUUGGCAGCUUCCAAAACAGGACUAGGGUCAAAAAUAGCUUCUGCUAACAAUAGCACAAGCCCUGUUCAGCUGAAACCACCUCCACCUCUGACACUGGGGAAAACCACUCUUAGUCGUUCGGUAAGUAGCGACAAUGUUAGCAAAGUGGGUCUUCCUAGUCCCAGCAGCACCGCGCCAAGCACCAGCAGUCAGGUGAGCAGUGGGAAUGGCAACAGUGGGACUGCAGGUAACAGCGGGGGCAACGCAAGCAAAACCACAGCAGAUGCUGGUAAUCAGUCAGCUUCUCUGAAAGGCCCAACUUCUCAGGAAUCUCAGCUCAAUGCAAUGAAGAGGCUACAAAUGGUCAAGAAGAAGGCUGCUCAAAAGAAACUCAAGAAGUAGUACAGCUGCUUGCUGAUCUUGCUGGCUGUGAUCUGCAAAACAGCAGCAUUUAUCUUUUAAUUAAAGAAAAUCCCCAAGUUACUGGACUGAACCGGUAAUUAGGGAAGUCCCAAAUCUGUGCUAUACAGGAGGUAAAACUUAGGUAAUCCUAGUAUUCCUUCUGACUAUAAAUCUGAAAACUCAAUAUGUUCGAGAAAUAUUCACUAUUAUUUGCUGUUGGUUUUUAGCUCAAAGCAAUGGAAUGUGAAAUUGUAAGCAUUGGGAAUUUUGGUGUAUUUGAGAGAACAAUUUGUGGACACAAAUUGAAAUUAAGCUGUCAUCCUUCAGCAUUGUGAAUAAACGUAUUAUUAAUCUGGGAAAUCACUGCCACUUUCUUUCAUCCAGGUUUCUGAUUCUUAAAAUCUUCAGCUUUUACAAGUUGUUUGUGUUGGGCAGUUAAUGGAGUUCUCUGCAGGUUGCACAGGUCAUGUGAGAAUUUUAAGUGGCCUAAUUUGGUUUUCUGCACUAAGAAGUUUUUGUCAUUUUCUAGUUGUUCUCUGAGGGAAAAGAAUGAAAAUGACCCCUAGCCUGUGAAGAGUGGAAGAGAGCCAAAACGGUGUUUUCAGUCUGUAAAGAGCCUUAGAAUUGUACUGUUGUAAUUUGAAUGGAUAAUUGUUCACCACGUACUUUAAUUGAAUGUGCAAUCAACUGUGUUGUUUUGAUGUGGAAAGAAAACUAGAAGAACAUGAAGGGAAUUAUAUUAGGGGUCAGGGUGUUGGCUCCCUCUCAGGUGCGCCUGAAACAAAAAGUUUUGAUCACCUAGAUACUCCAUGCUAUGAAGUUUAGAAGUAUUGCAUGCUAGUCAACCUAUUUUGGAAAAUGAGGUUUAGUCUCUUUAACUGUUUUUCCCAACUCACAGACUGUUUUUUUUCCUUUCUAUUAGUUCAUUUGUGUAUUUGCAAGUACGUAAAAUAGCGAUAGGAGCAAUGUUGUGUUGAAGUACAUAAAAAAAUAUUUCUAAUAGCGUAGACUUGAAAAUACAGAAGAUGAUUUGAGAUCUGAAUGUAUUCCUUUAGUCUUCUGUGAAAAUGAGCAUUCAUAUUUUGCUUUCUUAAAGAAUAAGGAAAAAAACUUAAGCUCUGAAUAGGAAAACUUUGUUAUACUGAGUGUUCCACAUACCUUUCAUGGGAACUGCUGUAUCUGUUCUAUUUUGUUGUUAUUGUCUCUUAAGAACUGGAGAAGGAUUUUGAGUCUUGUUGUCUAUGAUCAGCCUGCAGUUAUCCCCUCUCCAUUCUGUUGAGGGGAGCAUCUCUAAACAUGAAAAUGUCUCAGAGUUUAGGAGGUGCAUGAAAACCACAGCCUUUUAUGUGUUUGAAACGUGGGAUGAGCAAAUCUGAUACAAGCAGCUACUUUCCUCACUUCUUUUCCACUCUCUGUUGUUCAGGUUUAAGCUAAGUGUUUUGUUUUUGAAUAUCAGAAUAGCUUCAUUUAUUCAGCAUUGCCUUAGCUAUUCUGAGAAUUUCUUUUCUGCUUCAAUUAACAUUUCUUGUGUGGUAAAAAAAGGAAGAACUUUGUAGUGCAUGCUUCUUCCAGGGCAAUUUAAAAGUAAGUGACAGUACUAGGAGGGAGAAUACAGAAUCUUUAUUACCCAUUUAUUAGCUAAUUGUUCUCACUCUCCAGCACAAAGGCUUUUAAUGUUGGUAUAGUAGGAAAAGAUACUGCAAUUAAAAGGCGUAUUUUCUUAAAUAUUAUUCUGAAGAAUGUUGCUCAUGUUAUGAAGUAGAGCAUUAAGCUAGAUUUCCUUUAAUGGCUGGAGUGCUACUAUGUAAAGUAUAAACUAUAAUUAUAGGACUUGCUCCCACAGGAAGAUUCUAGAUGUAAGUUGCCUAUGUCUUGUGUCCAAAUAAACAACUUCGUUUGUGAGAGUUCAGAAGCUUAUGUAUGAACACUUGUUUCAUUUUAGG